AUGCAGCCUACUAGCGUCCUCGUGUUGACAAGAUCAUCCCACACAGAUGCGGUCAAUCCCGCUGCGGAAGCGACAAAGACGUCUCUUCUACCCCUUCGCAAGGCAUGCGAUAGUUGUCGUCGGCGGAAAACACGAUGUGAUCGUAGAAGCCCCUGCAACGCAUGCAAAAUCUCCUGCCUCAAAUGUGAAUAUCUCACAGUUCACCAGAGGAGGGGCCCAAAAAGGCGCAGAACCGGCAGCACUGACAGCCCCGAGGACGGUUCACCCCAUCCCUUCAAUAGCGAAAACUAUAUUCCAACCAAUGAGUCGCCGUCCACCUCCACCCCAGAAGCCGAGAUAUCAUCGCCUUACUCUGGUUUUGAGGCUCAUGGGGCAGCCUCCUCUACUUCACCGAUAGAAACUACUAGCGUUAAUCAUCAGAUUCACCCUCAAGAAGAUGAUCCAAAAACAUAUUAUUCAUUCGUUUCCAAUACCAUGGAUAAUUUCAUUGCUCAUUGCCCCGUCGCAAAUAGUAGUCCGAAUACAGCACAUCUGCCGCCAGCUGAAAACCUCUUCCUUCCUGGACUUACGUUAGGUUCUUCUUAUUCCUCGGCAAACUCACAGACGGAUCUUCUCGCCAACGCCACUUUCGGCACCUUUGCCCCGUAUGUUAAGCUCUUCGUCGAGCAUAUAUACCCAAUAAUGCCUGUAUUCGACCGGAACAAGCUGGUAAGCGACCUUGAGUUCCGAGUCGAUGAUCCAGAGCCACUAUCACCCGAAGAAACCGCGAUGUUUUCUGCAUUAUCCGCAGCCGUCAUCUUGCAACUAAACUUAACUAUGGAAGGUGAAGGUACAGAGCCGACGGGGAGCCAGGAAGCAGCUUCAGGCCCCAGCGUUCCCGAAGAGACCCCGAAAAGGAUCAUGGUCGGCAGCCGAGCCGCGGCAUCUUUUAUAUCACAAAGUCUCUCAAUACGACAACACUCUGACUUCAUUGACGCACCUACGGUCAACUGGAUCCUUACGUCUUUCUUCAUAUUUUCCUAUUACGGCCACCUUGAGCGACACACAUCUGCAUGGUACUACCUGAGAGAAGCUAUUAGUCUUAGCCUAGAAUUAAAGCUUCACAUUGAAGAGCCCUUUUGUAGGAAGGAUCCCGGCGAAUCCCAAAGACGGAAAAGAAUAUUUUGGCUUCUGUUCGUCACCGAAAGGGGAUACGCUGUACAGCGGCGACGGGCUGUUACCUUGCAGCCAUCAAUUUCUCUGCCUUUAAUCUUUGACUCUGAAGAUCCCUGUCUAUUAUACGGUUUCGUUAAUCUGAUCAACCUUUUCAAAUUUGUGGACUCCAAAUUCUCUUACAUAUGGGGUGACGAUAAUAAGUUGAGUGCGGAUGGACAGCCAGUUGGAGACUCAGAAGCCCUCAGUUCGUGGCUUGUUUCAUUCCAAGAAAACAUCAGCAGGGUUUCUGUUCCUCUUUCAGAAAGCAUUGAAACUCAAAGGGUGGAUAUAAUGGUCACCCGAGAAUGGCUUCAUAUGGUAGCAUGGCAGAUGACUGUUAGACUAGGUUUGUUGAAAGCCUGCGACGAAACGAAAAAAAAUACCUUUCUACACCUAAAAUACCCGUUCCUGCCUGCAAAAGACCUUGUUACAGUUAUUUCGGGCACUCAAAUAAAAUCUCUUGAGUCGCACGGUAUCGGCAUGGAGCAGAAGAUUUCCCAGGUAGCCAUAUGUCUGACAGACGUCAUGGCGUGCACGUGUAGCGGACCGCAACCGGAUCUGAACGGUCUUCGUCAGGGGGGAGACUACCUACGGGUCUUUUUGGGUCUAUUAUCCAAAUUUCGCGGGCAAAGGUCACGGUAUUUAGAAGCCGUCCUGAGCAAAGCUCUACCUUUCAUAUCGAAUACACUUUGCAAACAACCCUCGCCUCUUGGGGAACCAUUGACACUUCGAGCUGGUGGGAACGAAACUAAUCACAGUGCUCAUGAUGAUGAUAACGCGAGUCUAGAUUAUGUUCUCUUGUAA